CUUUCCCACUCGAUAAAGCUUACUCCACUCCAUAAAGCUUCGGUCUUUCCUCCUUUAUCUUCUUUCUUCACUCGUAUCUCGUGUUAGUUUUACAAAAGGUCAUCACGUUUCUCUCUCUCUGGGGCAAGCAAUUGGCAAGGUUGGAGGCUUUGGAUUUCCAGUAAACGAGCAGCUAUUAAGUUCCUGGGUGAAGCUGCACUCAGUUGCGAAGGAUUUUGAUAUCGAAAAAUCUGUGGACAUGUUUCGCCUCUGGAGCACUUCUCAUCAGCAAGAGGACGAUCCCUUGAACCAUGACGCUAAGAUCAAUGAGCUGAAGGCUGCGAUUGGACCGCUAUCUGGACGCAGUUUGCAGUUCUGCACUGAUGCAUGCUUCAGGCGGUACUUGGAGGCGCGAAAUUGGAACCUUGGCAAGGCGAAGAAAAUGUUGGAGGAAACACUCAAAUGGAGGUCAACCUAUAAGCCUGAGGAAAUCCGCUGGCGCGAAGUUGCAUGUGAAGGCGAGACCGGGAAAGUUUACAGAGCAAGUUUUCGCGAUCGUAGUGGGAGGACUGUUCUUAUACUGAGACCGGGAAUGCAGAACACGGUAUCAAUAGACAAUCAGAUGCGGCAUCUGGUGUAUCUGAUUGAGAAUGCUGUGUUCAACCUUCCGGAGGGCCAAGAACAAAUGGCGUGGCUGAUAGACUUCACAGGGUGGACGCUAAGUGCUACCGUGCCUGUGAAAUCGGCUCGAGACACCAUCAACAUUUUACAGAACCACUACCCUGAGAGACUAGCAGUAGCAUUUCUCUACAAUCCCCCACGCAUUUUUGAAGCAUUUUGGAAGAUUGUCAAGUAUUUCUUGGAUAACAAGACAUUCCACAAGGUUAAGUUCGUUUACCCGAAGAACAAAGAUAGCGUGGAGCUUAUGAAACAAUAUUUCGACGAGGAAAAUCUCCCUAUUGAGUUUGGAGGACCAGCCAUACUAAACUAUGAUCACGAGGAAUUCUCUAAACUAAUGAAUCAAGAUGAUGUGAAAUCAGCUGCAUUUUGGUGCCCCGAUGACAAACCACCACAUUGGGCUAAUGGGCGUUCUGGAGCUGAGGUGGCUCCAGAGCCAGUGAGCCUUACACCAGCAGCCAGCUGAGUCUCCCGCCCCUACUCUCAGCGCAUGAUCGUGAUUAAUCACCGGAAUCCUCCAUAGCAGGAGCUGAUAACCCUAAAGUAUAGGAGAAUAAGUGAGACGGACUAACUGGUUGAGAUGUUGCUGUAAGCCUGCAAGCUACGAUCCAGUGAGAGAUUAUCUUAAUACUAAACAUGUUUAGUGACUACAUUAUCAUUAAGAAAACAAAUUAGCAAUCUGGCA